UUCCAAGGGGGAGGAAAACAGCUCCUUCUCCCAAGGGCCUGAGAAAGAUCAGCUUACAAGGCUCCAGCAUUGCCUAGGAUCCUUCGUCCUUCAUCUUGACACAGCCACAGGCCUCUGGGACGGACAUUUCACAUCAGCCCACAGCCAAGGCUGCUCUCACAUGCACUACAAUGUAUUCGGUUCUUCUCCUACCCUGGCUUCUGAUUGGGAGCCUGGCAGUUGGAUAAUGACCUUCAGGACCCUCGCACCCUUACAGUUCUUUUUUGUACAAUCCUUUCUGCAAUUUAAGGUCCCUGCAAGAGGGGAUUGAGGAAAAGUGAAAGACUUGGCACUCUCAUCCCCAGGUACCUGCAACAGAGGCCAAUAGCAUCAGAGACCAAUAGCAUCAAAAGCCAGUAACAUUCCAGCUGGGCUGGCAUCUACCCAUGCGUCCCUUCCCGACAGGCUGCUUGCUGCCAUGAAGGAUCUUCUUCAGUACUCCGCCUGCUUCUUCGCCCUUUUCUCCACUGGGUUUCUCAUAGCGGCUACCUGGACGGACUGUUGGAUGGUGAACGCUGAUGACUCUCUGGAGGUGAGCACAAAAUGCCGUGGCCUCUGGUGGGAGUGUGUCACAAACGCUUUUGAUGGCAUUCGCACGUGCGACGAGUAUGACUCCAUAUAUGCAGAACACCCCUUGAAGCUGGUGAUAACUCGAGCACUGAUGAUUACAGCUGACAUUCUAGCUGGCUUUGGAUUUAUCACCCUGCUUCUCGGUCUUCACUGUGUGAAGUUCCUACCAGAUGAGCCACACAUUAAAGUCCGCCUCUGCUUCGUUGCUGGGACCACAUUACUCAUUGCAGGUGCCCCGGGAAUCAUUGGUUCCGUGUGGUACGCUGUGGAUGUUUAUGUCGAACGCUCUUCUCUGAUUUUGCACAAUAUAUUUCUUGGGAUCCAGUAUAAAUUUGGUUGGUCCUGCUGGCUUGGAAUGGCUGGGUCUUUGGGUUGCUUUGUGGCAGGAGCUCUCCUCACCUGCUGUUUGUACCUCUUUAAAGAUGUUGGGCCUGAGAGGAACUAUUCUUAUGCCAUGAGGAAGCCCUAUUCAACCGCAGGUGUUUCCAUGGCCAAGUCCUACAAGACCGCUAGGACAGAGACAGCCAAAAUGUAUGCUGUGGACACCAGGGUGUAAAAUCUGCCAAAUAUCAAUCUGUGUUGUUUAAUUAACCAAUCAAUGUGGUCAAGCUAAUAAAAUUACUGAUCGAU